AUGUCAACUGAAAAUCGAAAAAGUUUUUUGAAAUGGUAUGAGGAACAUAAAGAUGAUGUUUUCGAUUUCAAAAAAGAAAUGGAGAGAUAUUGUCGUUCAGAUGUCGACAUAUUAAGUAAGUGUUGUCUAGAGUUUCGUCAUCAGUUCAUUGAAUUAGCGGGUGUUGAUCCUUUUUGUUACGUAACUAUAGCAGCAUCAUGCAUGGCGUGCUACAGGAGUGCACAUCUAUCUCCUGAAACUAUAGGGAUGGUUACAGUUCAUGGUUACGCCAACGGGAACUAUAGCAUGGACGGCAUUAGGUGGUUAGAUUUUGUUGCGUUUUCUGAGGGUAUUCAUAUUUCCCAUGCAUUGAAUGGACGUGGUGAGACUGGUUGUUUUUAUCACGGAUGUGAUAAAUGUUUUGAUCCUGAUGCAGUGAACCCAUUAUCAGGAGAAACAAUGGACAAGUUGAGGAGACAAACAUCUGCAGUGUCUGAGAGAUUGAGAGAUAAAGGCUAUCAGUUGGUUGAGAUGUGGGAACAUGAUUUCAAGGAAAUGAUGAGCAACGAUCUGGAUAUGAAAUCUUUUCUAGAGAACCAUGAAGUCGUAGAUAGGCUGAACCCCCGAGAUGCUUUUUUUGGUAGCAGAACGAAGGCUGUGAAACUCAUUCAUGAAGGGAAGGCUAAGUAUAUUGAUUUCACAAGUCUUUAUCCCUGGUGUAAUAAAUACUGUAGGUAUCCUAUUGGCCACCCCUCCAUCAUUACAAAUAAUUUUGAUGAUUUGGAUAAAUAUUUCGGCCUCAUCAAAUGUAAGGUUCUGCCACCUAGGAAAUUGUUUCACCCUGUUUUGCCCUACCGUAGUCAAGGCAAGCUAUUGUUCCCCUUAUGUCGCGUUUCUUGUAUGACAAAUCAACAAGAACCCUGUACGCAUAGUGAUCAAGAAAGGAGUUUGACGGGUACUUGGGUAAUCGAGGAGAUGAAAAAAGCGGUUGAAAAAGGAUAUAUUAUAUUCAAAGUGUUUGAAGUAUAUCACUUUGAGGAAUCAUCCUCUGAUUUAUUUAAAUCUUAUAUAGACUUGUUUCUGAAGUUGAAACAAAAGGCUAGCGGAUGGCCAGAAGGGUGCAAUACUGAGAAGGAAAAAGACCGGUAUAUCCAAUCUUGUUUUGAAAAGGAAGGGGUACUGUUGAGGAAAGAGAACAUAAAGUUAAACCCUGGCCAAAGAGCUCUCUCCAAACUAGCUCUAAACAGCUUUUGGGGGAGAUGGGGGAUGAGCCUUAUUAAAAUGAUGUUAAAUUUUGUAGGCAGUUUAGAGGAGUUUAACAAAUAUCUUUCUGACAAUACGAAAGAGAUUCAAGAUGUGUUUUUCCCCACCGAUAAGAUCUGUGGAAUGCAGUGGAAACAGAGAGCAGAAUUUAUAGAUGGUGAUCAAAGCACUAAUAUUUUCAUUGCUGCUUUUACAACUUGCCAUGCAAGAUUAAAAUUAUACAAUGAGAUCGAUAAAUUGGGGAACGGGUUCUCUAUUUUGACACUGACUCCAUUAUUUAUGAGUCGAACUGUAUGA